AUAUUGAAUAUAUUGGUCCUUUCCGCGCUCAAGAUCGAGUGAGGUCCGACCGUCCCGAGGCACCGAUCGACAGAAGAUAUCAAAAGAUCCCUGCGAAGAUGAUGCGACUACGUGCCAGUGUAUCCCUGUCUCUCCUAAUAAUAGUCUUUCUGUUGUACCUUACUGAUGUGUCUGCCCAAAAGAAGAAAAAGAAGAAUAAGAAAAAGGUAGACAUGGGCGGCUUGGACGAUAUGCUAAGUGCACUCAGUGGAGUGGCCAUGCAAGAAAAAGACGGGUCUUGUCCGAGUGCUUGUAAUAAGAAAGGUCUGUAUCCCGUUCCCAAACGACGGCUUCGUCCCUAUUCCAACGGUUGUUCCGUCCCCGACAGCCUUCGUCGUCAAUUAGUGGGCAAUUACGAUCGAGUCUUUGACCAGUGCUGCGAUUUCCACGAUGCCUGUUACCAAGCGUGUGGCAUUCACAAACCCCUGUGCGAAACGGAUUUUCAGACUUGUAUGCAGCAGACGUGUCAACGCCGACAUGACGACGACAAGUCCCAAUGUCUCCAAAUGGCACAAUUGUUCGUCACGGGAACCACCAUUUUUGGAUGUGCCGGAUAUCACGCCCUGCAAAAGGAAUCCUGCGAGUGUCUCCCCGCAUCGGCAGCGGUGGCACGGGUCCGAGACUAUACCAAGCAAUUCCAUCAAGCCUACAAUCCGAAGCCUCCCCAAACUAGUCUUGCGGAUCCAAAAGCACUGGGAGAAGUCAUCUAUCGAGAGCUCUACCGCCCCUAUCCGCAAUCCAUUGACAAGAUUGCGCACGACGGGAAAAAGACUCGCACCAACCCGUCCUUGAUCCCACCACCGAAACGACGCAACUACGAUGAUCUAGAUGAGCUGUGAUCCUAAGUAUUUAAUGCAUGGACUUUUGAAGAUUCGUACGGUAGCCCCAUGGCAAAGGAUCGUGUACUAGCUAGAUAGCUAGCUAGGAUUCCCGAGAUUGCCACAUGGGCUCUUGGUUUGGCCGACCAAAGAAAGAUAAGGCAGCCAACGAGAACGCGACACGGAGUAAGCUAUACGGUACCGAGGGAUGGUACCGGUAUACUAUGGUGCAUGGUCUUGGAAACGAUGUUUGGUCGCCCCACCUUACCGGUACCUCAGGAAGGAUUGAGUGACAUCCAAUGGGGCCACAAAAGUUCAUCUAUUAUAGCAUGUUUAUUCAAGAAUGAAUUAUUUUCUAAGAAUUCAGGGAGAGUGCAUGACAGCUUAUCCACAAGGACAUUCACAGCCACAGAGAAUGCCAGGACAGUCAAAAUGAACCCCACAAGGGCCGGUAUUCUAAACCGCUCAUCCAUAACAUGGACAAUCACAACCACAGAGUAUGCCAGUACAGUCAAAUGACAAUCCAUCGUACGCCUCCUCACACGAUGUCUUCCACGCGUUGCCAAUGCAUGUUGCAUUGAUUUGGCAUAAAAUGGGUGGAAUAGUCCCUGACAAGAGUGGAUUGCCCUCUAGCUUCAAAGCGUACAGGGAUGGCUGUAGUUCAGCAAGCUCUUGUGGGACAGUGCCAGAUAUAGCAUUAUUGGCAAGGCUCAAACGGCCAAGGGAUGUGAGCUGGGCCAGCUCACUAGGAAUCUGCCCGGAUACCUUUGUAACGGAGAGAUCCAGCUCCAAAACAUUUGUCAGGCGUCCCAGUUC